CUCUCUCUUAGGGUCUCUCUCUCUAUCCCACUGAAUACACCGUCCUUGCUACUGCUAUACCGGCCAUUUGUCCCUUGUUCGCCUCUUGCGCAUAGUUGCGACGCUGAAUCCGCCUCUCCCGUUGCGCCUCCUGGUUGGCUGCGGAUAGGAGGCGAGUCUCCAAACACAUCCAGAUCUGUACACCACGACCAUCCUGCAGUCCAGGUAUAUUCAAGCGUUACGAAACCGUUUGGCGCUAUCUCAAACGAACUCAUCUGUCCCAAGCCAGCGUGUCCUGCCUCCUUUCCACCAUGCUCGGCCGUCAAUUCUAUCUAUCAAGCUCAUUCCGCACUCCCGUCGAGCGUCGAUUCUAAGAGUAUGUCUUUGGUAUACAAGUCGGUACCAGAUGUCCGCGUCAAUGUCCGUUCCUGAUGCCCGACUUGGCCUCACAUCGUCCGAGUGGCAGAUGGUUGUACACCAGCAACAGAUUGCGCUGCAGGGCAGCCAUAAUGGCAGCAUGAUUUCACGGGGGAGAGGUAUGGGGAGGAGCACAUCAAGUUCAAGAGCCGCCAGUGCUGCAAGCAGCCAGGGAAGGCUCCUCUUAGAUCCGGAUAGUCUCCAGGCUUUGUAUUAUCAGCUCGACCAUCUUCUGAGGGACAUUCGCCGGAGGAUUGAAUAUCUGAAUGAGCAAUCCGAACUUUCAAUACAAAACACCUAUGACCAAGCGGGAAAUGUAAUUGCGGAUGCAGACGUGGAAAUAGCACGUGUUCGACAAAUCAUCGCUUCUAUCGACGAGCUGGAGAUGGAGUUUGACAAGAUCAAACGGAUUCGAGAUAUCGUCAAAGGUUUUCGCGCCCGGGUAGAAACCUUGGAUCAUCGCUUGGAUCAAGCAUCGCGCAGGCGGCGUUGA